CCCAAUUCUACAGGCCACCUUCCAUUUCAAUAAAUCCCCUCUUGUGCUGUCGUGUCGUCUGCCUUUGUUGAUCUCCCCUACUACCCACGCGAGAACCUCAAAAGUCUCUCUACCAGACUCGCAGUUCCCUCCUGUCCAUUCCAACUACAUCACAAACCACCAUUCUCAACUGCAGCCAUGACGUUGUAUUACAGCUUGGUCUUUGUCCUUCUCGUUGCGGAGAUGACCCUCUUCGUGGCUCUCAUCAUCCCUCUCCCGUACGCCGCGAAGCGAAGAUUGUUCAACUUCAUCUCUGAAAGUCCAUUGGUCGCGAAGCUGCAGUAUGGGAUGAAGAUUACAUUCAUCUUCAUUCUCAUCUUGUUCUUGGACAGCGUCAACAGAGUUUACCGCGUACAAGUGGAGAUGGCAGCUUUGGCAAAGGACACUACAGGGGCAGGACGCGCUGCUGCAAUCGGCUCCGAACGCAUGGAAGUCCAAGCCCGAAAGUUCUACUCUCAGCGGAAUAUGUACCUCACCGGCUUCACAUUGUUCCUGUCUCUCAUCCUCAACCGCACCUAUGGCAUGAUCCUUGACGUCCUUCGACUGGAAGAGAAGCUCAAGCUCUACGAAGGCGACAAACAUGCCGGUGGUAAGCAAGGUGAAAAGCUUGACGCAGGUUUCCGUGCAGACCAGAUUGGUCAACUCAAGAGGGAGCUAGAGAAGAAGGACAAACAAGUUGAAGCAAUCAAGAAACAGGCUGAGGGCUUGCAAAAGUCUUAUGAUGAGCUGAGUGUCAAGUACAACCAGACGAACCCGGGCGAUGGGGAUAAGAAGAGCAACUAGCAGACAAACAUGGUCAAGGUCGCGACGAGGAGUUGUCAGGCUUCCAUAUCAUCCCUACGCCACGCGAGACAGGCGGAAUUCCAGGCGUUGGAGCGCUCCCUGUUGGCCACUCUUUGUGGCGAUGAUAGUACGAUCCCAGUGUAUCACAGACUACAACUUUUGAGGCAGAGAGAUAUGUGUAAGUCAAGGUAUCCAGGUGGAUGGUAUUUUGUAUGACAAUAUGAGGUGUAUCAGGUCAGGUUGGCAUGUGCAGCCCGCCGUAGCAAUUGAGGCCAAUCACAGGUACAAUACGCGCAGCUCUGUGUUGUGAACAAGCAGUUAAUGUCCAUUCUUCUUCAUCGAUCACUUAUACUCCUCUCAUCGGG